CCAAACCCUAAGAAGCGAAGAAGAAGAAGAAGAAGAGACCAUGGGGAUCGCUAAUCUCUCAUACGAGGAAUGCCGCCAUAAGAGACUCGAAGAAAACAAGAAGCGGAUGGAAGCCCUAAAUCUGCCUUUGCUUUCUCAAGCUCUCCUCCAUUCUUCCCCUUCCAAAUCCUCGCCUAGUAAGCUCGCCAAGCCUCGCGUGACGCAGAAACAACUCGUAGUUGUGAGGAGAUCCAGUCGCAUAGCGAAACAAUCCGCCCCCGUUUACGCCGAAGUUGUUGUAAAUCGUGUGGUGAUUCCUAGAAGGAUCUCCAAUGCUACAGAUCUUUCAAAUCGAGUUUAUUCUUCGGAUGAAGCAAGAAAAAAUGCCUUUGAAAGAGCUGAGCGAUUACAAUCUGGAUUAGAGACGAAUUAUCCCAACUUUAUAAGGUCGAUGCUUCCAUCUCAUGUUAGUGGUGGAUUCUGGCUGGGCCUUCCUUCUCAUUUCUGCAAGACGCACCUUCCAAAUCGCGAUGGAAUUGUGACAUUAAUAGAUGAAGAUGGAGAUGAAUAUCCAACAGUAUAUUUAGCACGAAAAACAGGACUCAGUGGCGGAUGGAAGGGUUUUUCAGUUGCUCAUAAAUUGGCUGAUGGGGAUGCUGUGAUUUUUCAAUUCAUUAAACCUACAACGUGCAAGGUGUACAUCUUUAGAGCGAAUAGUUCCAGAAAAGAUAGCAAUUCUAACAGUAGCUAAAUGACUGACAUUUUCAUCCCAACUCAGGCAAGAUGUUGCCGGGUGGAACGUGCACAUACAUAAUGGCAGCUACUUUUUUUUGUCAUCUUGGUUUUGGAGCACAACGGCAACCUUUCUCUUGUACAAUCUGUCUCUAUGAAGUAAAUGCAAACACUUUGUAUGUUAAAGUGCUUGUCUGCUGUAGUGGUACCUCUCUUCUUCUCUCUUUCUCUCUCACCUUUAGUUUAGUUUAGUUUACGCUAUAUUGUUGUGAACGGGUAGAAAUUUGACUGAUUUUGAAGGAGCAGACUUGUACGAGCAAAGAAAUUUGUUAAGGAUUGUUGGGCGUG